GUUUGUAAAGAUAUUUCCUUGGAAAAUUGGUGCUUGUGGUUGUCUCUCCUUCUAUAUCUCUCCUUAUCUCAUACUCUGUCUCAUAACUAAUAGGUUCAAGCUAUUUCCUCUCUUUUUUAAAUUCUUUGCUGUCUUGAUAGUAUAAGCAGAAUCAACUAAAAUGGCAGCAACGGGUGCAUCUAUCUUUCAAAUUUCGACGCAACCUCGUGUCUUCACGAGGCCAAUUACUACUGCUAAUAUUAAUAAUGCUAGUCCAUCCGUCUCGAACACUCUUGCUAGUUCUUUCAUCGGCUCUUCUUUGCGACGGAGCACGACUAAGAAGAAUAGAACAGUUAAGAUUAGUAGGAAAGUGAUUGCUGCAGCUGCUGUUGCUGUUGCCACUCCUUCAAUGGAGGAAGUUAAGGAGUAUGCACGUCCUACAUGGGCCAUGUUUGAACUUGGAAGUGCCCCCGUCUUCUGGAAAACCAUGAACGGCCUUCCUCCAUCUUCUGGGGCAAACCUAAAGCUUUUCUACAAUCCAGCUGCAAACAAGCUUGUUCCAAACGAAGAAUUUGGGAUUGCUUUUAAUGGAGGUUUUAAUCAGCCCAUCAUGUGUGGUGGUGAGCCAAGGGCAAUGCUGAGGAAAGUUAGAGGGAAGGCUGAUCCACCAUUUUACACCAUCCAUAUAUGCGUUCCUAAGCAUGCUGUGAACAUGAUAUUCUCGUUCACAAAUGGAGUUGACUGGGAUGGUCCUUACAGGCUGCAGUUUCAAGUUCACAAUGGCUGGCGAAACAAGCCCAUCGAAUUCUUUAACGAGGGCCUGGCAGAAGAGUUGAGUAAAGAAGGUGCGUGCGAAAAAGCAAUUUUUCCGGAUACAGAUAUCAUUGUUACAAGAUGUGCUAUGAUCGGCAACUUAUCCAUUGAGGGGGGUGAUCGUUGCGAUCUUGAUCUAGUCUCAGGAUGCAUGGAUCCUAGCUCGCAUUUAUAUAACCCCCUUGCCAAUGUGGAUGAUGGAUCCUGCCCAAUUGAUUCUGACAUGGAAGAUUAGCAGUAGCCUGGCAAUACCCCUUUGAUGUUGAUGUAAAUACCAUAUACAUUUACUGUAUACCUAAGGCCUUCCUCAUACAUAAUGGAAAUAUACUAAUGAAAUUACUACUUGCUCAAGUAAAGAUGCUUGCUUUGAGCGAGGUCUAUAUGAAACAUCUCCAGUUCCCUUGAUGA